GGGCAUUGCUGCUGUAAGAGGAACAUUGCCACUUUAAGAGGGAGCGACCCGCUGUAAAAGAGGUGUUGCCACUUUAUGAGGAAGUCUGUUUAAGGAAGUGGGCCCCCAGAGUUUUUUCAGCAGCAAUUGCAGAGAAAGAGGAAGCUGACAGAUUGCGGAGUGAGAGAGAAACUGGGGGAGGUAGAGGAUGAAAUGAGGAAGUUUGGAGCUGACUUUGUGCUGACAAGACUGAACAGAAAACCCCAGUGCAGCCAACUGUUGCCAGGCCAUGGAGCCCGAUACUGUCUGUCACCAUGAUUCCCGGCUUAAUGGGAUGGCGGCUGCCGAACGGCAGGUGCUGGAUUGCCCUGAUGAUCAUGACGAAGCUCAGAUUGACGAUUUUCUGGCCCCGAACCAGGAUUAUAAUGAGGAGGAGGAGGAACGGAAAUAUUUCCGUCGCAAACGCCUGGCCGUGUUGAAGAACGUGGUGUGUGCCAGCCUGGGCAGUGCCCUCACCUACGGGGUCUAUUUGGGCCUACUCCAGAUGCAGUUGAUCCUACAUUACGAUGAGACCUAUCGUGAAGUGAAAUAUGGGAACAUGGGACUGGAGGACAUCGACAAGAAGAUGCUGAUGGGGAUUAACGUCACCCCAAUUGUGGCACUACUCUACACUCCCGUCCUCAUCAGAUUCCUCGGCACCAAGUGGAUGAUGUUCCUCGCCAUCGGAAUAUAUGCCCUCUUCGUAUCCACCAAUUACUGGGAGCGAUACUACACCCUGGUGCCAUCGGCUGUUGCCAUUGGAGCAGCCAUCGUCCCACUCUGGGCCGCAGUCGGGAACUACAUCACCAGAAUGGCUCAGAAAUAUUAUGAAUAUGUGAAUUACAAAGAGGAACAUGUUCAGGAGCAGAAGAGGCCUCCGAAAGGGGCCUGUCACAGAUAUAUCAUCAUCUUCCAAUCAAUCUUCUACUUCUUUUUCAAUCUCAGUUUCGUUGGCGCUGAGAUGCCAAUGACCUUCUUCCUGAACAUGUACUUGUACCAGCCGAAUCACACGCUGUCUGCUGUCAAACACUGUGGGACGUUGGCGAUAGGAAUGAUCGAGGGUUUGAACAAAACAGUUCUGAUGAAACUUCCCCAGAGUAUCAGCCUCAUCGUGGUGGAGAGUGUGAUGAUGGGAGUGGUCUUCAUUGCCAUGUUAAUGGUCCUCAUCCUGUGUGGCCCAGCCUAUCGUCCGACUGAGGAGAUUGACCUGCGCAGUAUUGGUUGGGGAAACAUCUUUCAGUUACCCUUCAAACACAUGCGGGAUUAUCGCCUGAGACACCUCCUCCCCUUCUUCAUCUACAGCGGCUUUGAGGUGCUAUUUGCCUGCACAGGCUUUGCACUGUCCUAUGGAGUGUGCUCAAUUGGGAUGGAGAGGUUAGCCAAUAUUAUCAUUGCCUAUGGAGUCGCCUCUUCAGUGUUCUCUCUCCUGUCUCUCACUAUGCUGCGUCUACCUCGAUCCGUCCCCCUCCUAUCCGGAGCUUUCAUCCAGUUUCUCAUCAUUAUUGCUCUAUUCUGCUGGGCUCCAAUCCCCAAGAACCUUCACACCAGCAACCUGAUCGCUGUCUACUCAGUUGCUGUGCUGUGGGGGGUCGGAACAGCUCUCAAUAAAACCAGUCUGAUCACUCUGUUAGGAAUGUUAUAUGAGGAUAAAGAGAGACAGGAUUUUAUCUUCUCCAUCUAUCAUUGGUGGCAAGCCAUGGCUAUCUUCGGAGUUUAUCUUUGGUCAGGAGCCCACAUGAAGGUGAAGCUGUCCAUCCUCCUCGUAACUCUGGUUGUUGCUGUGCUGUCAUAUCUGUGGAUGGAGCAGAAGCUGUUGAAGAGAAUCCCGUUCCGCAUUCCCCGAAUUCCGAAACCUCGGCACAAGGUCCGAGGCUACCGCUACCUGGAGGAUGAGAACUCGGAUGAGUCUGAUGAUGAGGAAAAGCCGAAUGAGGAUGCUGAGCCCGAGCUUACCCCACUGGAUGUGGAAGACCCCGAGCCUGCUGUCGGCGAGGGGCAGGUUUACGAGCAGAUGGGGACAGACCGGGAUGAACAGCCCCUGUAAGAAUCACCAACCUUCAUUCACCAUCUGGUCACCAGCUUCACAAUCACGGCACAGUUUGCUUACUUGACUUAGUUCCUCCCACAGAUCCAGUGUCUCACCUAAGUGGACUCUAAGCACUGGAAUUUCCUCUUAACCUUUCUCUCUUCCUUCAGGAAGCAGCUUAAAGCCAGGCCUUCCAAAGCUUCCAGUUCACUGUCUGGAAUCGCUCUGUUAUCCAGUUGCUGUCAAAUGUCGGAUUUGUGCUCCUGUGUAGUGCCUGAGGUGCGUUGCUGUGUUCAAAGUUUUUAGUUAUGUUGAUGUCGUCCCCCAGCAGAUGUUACAGCGCUGGCUGUUGAGAAACCCCAGUGCUGGAUUCCAGGCUAGUUGUGGGAAAAUUCUCAGCCUUCGGGCCCAAGCUAUAUCCUGAGACUUGCCUUUUUCUCCUUCUGUUUGGGAGAUGGCUUCUCCAAAUUGUAUCAAUGUGUCAUCGUUCUUUGAAAAUAAAAUUGUGACAAGAAAA